GGGUGGAAGAAGGACGUAUUUAAGUGUCGUGAGAACUUUCAGUAUUGCUUUUCGUCUUUUUCCACCGUUAGAAAGACACACAGCCUGCGGCCAUUGAAGUUGAUUUUCAACAUGGCGGGGAAUGCCAGGAACCUUUUUAUCUUUGCCAUUCUUCUAAAACUGGCAAUGACGUCAGCACAGUCCUCCUUGUACGUGGACCUGCGCCUGACGCCAGAAGUGGUGGUACCGUAUACCACGCCCAACGUGACGCUCAAGUGCACGACCAGUUCGCGGACUCCGAAUUACUACGGGCGGGCUCAACAAUCCACCAAACAGCUGGUCCGAAUGCGCAUUCUGAGGGGGAGGGGCUCAGGGAGCUAUCAUGAUAACUGGGAGACGUUGGCUUAUGUGUCUGACACAGAUUCCAGCCCACAUACGAUGAUAAGUGACAUCGUGGCAACUGGCAAAAUUGUGGACAGCAAAUACAGCAGCAGCAGCAGUGAGCUCACCAUCACAUGGCCGAAAGCCAAUGCGCGGACUUUUGGCACGUUCAUCUGUGACGGCGUGGUGUAUACGGAAACUUCUGCAGAGUUGACAAGGUCCUCUCAAAAAGAGAUUGGAAAGGAUCUGAAAGGGGUGGACGUUACAAACAUGUUAGAGGCCGAGAGUGCAAAAGUUAUCGCCCAAGUGGAGGAAAACAACAACGCGAUCCAGGAACAGCUGAAAAAUUUAACGGAAGAAAUAAAAGAAACGCUGACAGCCCAAAACCAGCAGCUGCUUGCCAUGGAGUCAGAUCUGCGAGGAGUGGUGGAAAGUGGCUUUCUGCUCUACUGGCCGGAAGGCAGCUACGCCUUGCUCGAGCCCAACACGGGUUGCCCGUCCGACAACGCUAACGUGUGGGAGAAAGGCUACAUUCGCCAUCACUCCGAGUCCACGGACAGAAACAAAGAUGCUGUCUCAACCACCAGCAAUCUGCAGACGCCAGCUCUGUCCAGGGAAGACAGCCAGAAUUACGCCACCGAGCAUUUCUGCGUGAAGACGUCCGGCAACACUGUGGGUCCAAAGUGGCCGCGCGGCUCCUACUGCAUCAACAAGAAGGAACAGUGCCCAGGAGGCUUCCAGGAAGGUUUUGUUUACAUAGACGAAGAGGACAACGAGCAGAAUCCCUUCCGUUUCGGUGUUCUCCCAAACAGCAACUACAGUGACAGCGGCACGAGACUCGACUACUGUUGCCGGAGCGACGGCUCGUCCGAAACUGAGAUUUACCUGCCCACCAACCGGCCCUUCUACCUGUACAGGCGCGGCGGGCAGUGCCAGAGAGUACAUCACAUGACCGUGAGCCCAGAGUUCCUGACCAUCGACUCGGAGAACACGGACAACAACGACAAGAGGGGCGGGGCAGCCACGCCGGACGUGCAGAUCAACAACAUACAGAUAGAGCUCUGCUACUACAAGGCGCGCUGAGCGAGCAAGCAGCCCGGGUUUGAGGGGGGUUUUCUGCUUUGAUUCUUUUAGGAUUUUUUUUUUUUUUUUUUUUUUUUUUUUGGGGGGGGUUCUCCUUUGCACGACCAAUUAACAAAUAUGUCAGUUGGUAAGCCAAUUACGUAACCGGUAACCCAAAUGCUUGUCAAUGAAGAAAGAAAUAAACAAUGCAAUAUAAACUCACUGGAAUUUCUAA